AAAGUCGCUUGACAGCUGUGAUUUUUAGGGAAGAGUUUUUGAUUCUGCAUUAUGAUAUGAUGUCAAAAUAUCUCUCCCAGAAGACCGUUGAUGAUGACAUUACAUGCCAGUCUGAACAAAAAGUCGAUUUGUAGAUCCUGUUUUGGAUCAUUUUGUAUUAUUUAGUUCAGGCUUUAUACUUUAUAAACUACCGGUACUUAACUAGAAGUGUGCAAUAAGGAAUCUGGUGUGCCCGGGUCAGGGUGGUGGUUACUGUAAGUGCCUGGUGCUAUUGAUAUGUAAAAUCAAGCCCCAUCCCAUCAAGGGGAUUUCGUGAAAACAAUAUGGCAGCAACACAAGUAACAUAUGUGAUGGGGACAGCAGAGGUGAAGAGAAGAGAACCUAAUGGAUUUGAUCAGCCGUAUGAAAGUAUAACAUCCCCUACAUUUUAUGAUGGAAAGUGUUCAUGUUGUCCGUAUGGCUAUCAUAUUGACUUGGACUUUGUUAAUUAUUGUGAGUCCAUGGCAAAUGGUGGAACACUUAAAAACCUUCGAAGAAUUCAACGCACAAAAAGAAAACUACGGAAAUCUAUGGAAGUGAUGCUUCAACAAGAUUCUUCUAGAAUGGAUGAGAUGUCAACACCACCACCUGACGUUGUCCAUUCUACAGAGGCAUCACGACUCAUGAAUAUGGUGGAGUAUGAACAAACGUCUUCACAUCAAGUGCUACAUGAAAUAGAUUCCUCAGUGGAUGCUAGAAUACAGAGAAUUAUGGAAGUCACUGGUCAACAACAACAACAACAACGCUAUGCCAGUUCAGAUAGCGAUGAAAAUUAUUACACAGUCAAAAAGACAGAAUUCAGUACAUUCCCCCGUCAUAACUCUGGUGGAGAAUCUUUUGAAUCCUCCCACAUUGCUACCUCUCUGUCUACCUCAGGUAGAACAGAUUCCUUAAGUUCUUUGUCGUCCGUAUCUACACUUUCCAGUGAGCAUCAGGGACAUGGAACGCUUCACACUAUGCAGGUUACAGGUAUGCUAGCAGAUCAAGAUUUACCUGAUACAGUACAACAGAAAUAUCAUACAGUGACAUCUGCACAGCUAGCUGCUACCCUAGAAUCCCACAUGUCAACAACAGAAGUGACGUCAACCACUACUACUGACAGUCAUACAGUGACGAUCAGUAGAGCCUCCUUACAAGCAAUACGUGAAGCAGUUGCUGUCAGUCUUAAGCGCAUGAAGGAGUUAGAAGAACAAGCUAAAGCCAUUCCAAUUUUACAAGUACGAAUAUCUGUGCUCAAAGAGGAGAAGCGUCUGCUAAUGCUACAGGCUAAAGCUAAUAGAAACAAUCGGGUUUUAACGAGAACAGUUGGUACUGGAGAUAACCAAAUUAACAUAGAUUAUGAUAAAAUGACAAGUACUCCAAGAAGUUUUGAUUUCCAAUUUUCACCCCGUGCAGCUUCUCCUAUGACUCUUGGAAAUAAAACACCACCUGCCGUAUCCCCUAAACCCAAAAUAAGACAUAUUGGUAUUGGAGACCACAGCGUGAUAGAACCUUACCUUCUCCAGCCAUUCCUACCAACUGGUUACACCACAAGACAUAAUGAAGUUCAGAAUGAAAUCAGAUCACACACCUACGAAAGAGAAAUAAUUCACUCUCCUCAUGUGCAAACAGUACUAAAAAGCAGUCCAAGAACUGUAACACGUAGCAUAGGUGUUGGAGAUGGAAAUGUUAUGGGUAAUUCUGGUGUUCAGAUUCAUGAGAAAGAGCUGCGUACUGUUAUUAUUGGUGGACCGGGUUCAGUGAGUAAGAGAAAUGUGGGUAUUGAAUGUCGAGUACCAACCCGUGAUGUGGGAAUAAUGUAUGUAUGUGAUGAAGAAAAACCUGCAACAAGAACAGUGGGCAUUAAUGUUGAUACAGGUAGUUUACUAACUUCUCUUAGUUUUAAGAAGGAGGAAUUGAGUUCUGCUCUACGGGAAGUGUUACACCAUAGUGUUCGUUCUAUAGGUAUAAACUGUAACUUAAAACCACAGAUGGUGAACACAGGAACAAGUAGUGAGCGAAUGAGAUGUAUUAGCGUAGGUUGUGGUGAUGAUCGUAUAGAUAUCGAUAUCCGACCAACCACCAUUAAAAAAUCAGUUGGUGUUGUUGCUCGUCCAGAAAUUUCCAAUAGAAGCAUGAAUACUGAAAGAGGGUGGAUGCUGGAUUCCUCUACUAAUACUCCAAUCAUAGACAGACGGUCAAAAGGUACAUCAACAGAUAAAGCCAGACAGUGUUUCAAUUCUACGAACACUGAAUCUGUGGGUCAUAAACAUGCUAAGCUUCAGACUGACAUGAAAGUGUUCUUAGCUACAGAUCAAAUGAGGAACACUGGCAGCAACACAUCGAGAAUAUCAACACAAAACAAAGGCAUUAAUACUCAACCAAAGCCCCUCACGGAUGAAAAUUUUGACUUUGAGCUUUCUUUCUUUGAACAAUCUACAAACACAGAUGGAGUUAUGUAUAAGAAACGUGACAAUACUAUUCAAACAGCUGAUGUUGGUGUUAGCAGUGAUUCAGUGGAGAAAGAGUAUGACGACGAGGAGAUUAAAGAAGAUUAUUACGAAACAUAUACAACAAAAAAAUUUGAAGAACAAGUGCCAAUCACUUCCAAUUCCAAUGACUCCAAUUAUUCCAUUACAAGAAAAAUUAUCACUGAAGAACAACCAGUGAACACUGGAUAUACAACUACAACUAAGCGCAUCACUUCUUCAAUACCUGUAGCCAUUGGCUCAAGUGGUAGCAGUUCUGUCACCUCAGGUUAUAGCAGCAGUUAUCAUGGUGGUUCUUACGGUGGUUCAGGAAUUAAUCAUGGCAUCAUAGAUAGCUUAGAUGAAACCGAUGACUCUGGUGAAUCAACAACACGUACAGUAGAAACAACACGCAUCAUCGGUCAGGAACCUUUUGCUCGUGGUUACUCCAUAUCCAGCAGAUCUAGUAUUGGACAUACAUACAUUGAACCAACAGACUUUGUGAGCAGUCACAUCAUUCAAGCCAAGGAGUCCAUCAAAACAAAUCCUAAUCCUUAUGAUUAUGGUACAGAUUUCUCUGGUCUCCGUCACAUGAAAAGAAGAACUAACAUUGAAACAGAUGAUUCUAGUUCAGUAGAUAACAGCUAUUCAAGAAUAUCAACAUCACCAUCAUCUUCAUAUACAUCAAAAAUAACCACCGAUCGAAGACAAAAAGAAGUGGAAUAUGAACCUUGUCAACUAAAAGAUGUAACAAUUACCGAAGAAGAUGUAGAAAAUGCCCAAGGUUAUAUGAGAUAUCUGUCUGAUAAAAAUAAAGAUGGAAGUCCAAAAACUAAAACAAUGUCAACAAGUGAUUUAGGGUUUGAUGAAGAAGCUGAAGAAACCAUGACAACAGUAAAAACGGUUCGAACUGUUCAGGGGGGUAGUGAUUCUUCUCAAAACAAAAUGAAAAGAAAUUCCAAGGAAGUUGAUAUGAACAAAUUUAUGAACAUUGGCGGAGAAAGUAAUCUUAUGGAAACAAGUGCUGAUUCAGGUUUUGGGUCUGGAUAUUCAAUUACUAAAAGUGUAAGAACAUUAGAAAUAACAGGUGAUGGCAAGGGCAGACGAACAGAAACACGAUCUGUAAUGGGACCAGAUGGUGAGGUUACUACCACACUUAUUGGUGAUAAUUCAGGGGAUGCUAAAAGUGCUGAAUUUAAUAGAUCUGAAUUUAUGAAAUCCGAGUUAUCACGUUUAGCUGGCAGAUCUGAUUCCAGUAUGAGUACAUCGUUGGGUGGUAGAGAAACCUACUAUUCCUCAUCUUAUCCAAGCGACGAGAAUCAGCAGACAUCUAGUUCAGAAAGUCAUUCCUUCUCUUCUGAUGUUCAGCUGGGUGAUAGUAAAUAUGAUUCACUUAAAUCCUGUAUAAAGAGAAGUAAAUCAGACACUCAAGUUAAACGAGGAAUAACUUUUGCUGAUUCGGUUGUUGGAGGAACUGGAUUGAGUAGUGAGGAUAGCGAUAGAGAAUCUGAUAGUGAUUCUGCUAGUUAUGAUGAGGGUUCAUAUGAUGGUAGACAAGGAAAGAUUGUUUAUUCAUGUCAAGAUGAUGUUGUUAUAGCUUCUGGUGUACCUGGUGCUCAGAUGUUUGAUCAAAAUAUCAGAGAAACUUUUGAAUUAUCUUCUUCUCUGAGAGGUGCCUGUGUCAUUGUAGCUAAUUAUUUAGAAGAUUCAACAACAGUACAAACUAGACAACUGAAUACUGCCAGGAAUACCAUUAUGAAUGAAUGGUUUCAAGUAACCAACAAUAAAUUAGCCAAUGCCUAUCAAAUAGAAGAUUAUAUGUCUUCAUUUAAUGAAAUUUCUAGAUCACUGUUGAAAUAUAUUGUUAAUAUGACAGAUGACAAUGGAAACACAGCUAUACACUAUGCUGUAUCACAUUGUAAUUUUGAAGUGGUUAGUUUAUUAUUAGAUACAGAGGCUUGUGAUAUAGACAAACCUAACAAAGCAGGCUAUACAGCUUUGAUGUUAGCAGCUUUAGCUUCUGAACAAACAUCAGAGUUACGUGCUGUUGUACAACGCCUGUUUUCACAAGGAAACAUAAAUGCUAAAGCUUCACAGGCAGGACAAACAGCAUUAAUGUUGGCUGUAAGUCAUGGCAGAACUAACAUGGUACGUUUGCUAUUAGAUGCUGGAGCAGAUGUUAAUCAGAGAGAUGAUGACGGCUCAACAGCCUUGAUGUGUGCUUGUGAACAUGGUCACACAGAGAUUGUUAAGCUUCUACUGGGACAGGUGGACUGUGAUGCAUCUUUAACUGAUAAUGAUGGCAGUACCGCCUUGGAAAUAGCUAUGGAGGCAGGCCACAAGGAUAUCGGUGUUAUUUUAUAUGCACAUCUUAAUUUCUCCAAACAAGCAUCUCCUGCUAUACCUAGAAGACGUAAGAACUCCAAUUCCCCAACAAACAGAGGUGUUCAUCAGCAUUAGCAGAAUUAAAGGAAACUAUGCUGUAACAGUGUGAACUAUAAUUUAGGGGAGAUAAUUACCCAUAGACAAGUUAUAUACUGAUUUAUUAAGUAUAGUUGUCAUGUAUGAAACUUUUGUGCCAUGUAAUAUAUUUUACUAGAGUGUAUAGAUCUAGAUAAUAAAACAAUAAUGUAGAUAUAGCUAUAGAUAUGUAUAGACAGACUGUAUAUCAUAGAUGGACAGAAGGAAUAAUUCCUCUCCUAACUCUGUAUAUUAUUCACCCUUCAUUUAUUUUCUACCUCUUGUAGUACAAUUGAGAUUAGUUAUUCGUAGAGAAUUGUGGCAGGUUGUGUCUUUUAUUCCUGUUAAUUGUACCAGUUUAUUUCUGCUAAUUGUUCUAAGGUGUUUUUUUUAUUCCUGACUAUUAAUCUAGGUCAUUCACAUUCUCUUUCAAAUGAAUAUUUUUUUUUUAAAAUUUGUUUUAUUUGUUACAUCUUAAAGUGUUGUGUCUAUUUUUGGAAAUAUUUUUUCUUUAUUAUAAAAUUUCCAAUGUAAUUUGUCAAGAGAAGUUAUUAUAGAUAAAAUUUUAAUUGUAUAUAGUAGCUUAAGAUGUAAAGUGCGAUAAAUAUGAUAUUUUAUCUAUGUAUGUAUAUAACGAAAGAAAUAGUACAUGUUAGACGAUGUCUGAAUACUUGCUAUUUUAGGGUUGUGUUGUAUAUUAAAGUUAUUAAAUGCCAGAAAAUUUUCUUCGUCCUUUUAUAAUUCCUAUGCAUUUGUUAACUUAUAUAAAUAUAUACACCUAAUUAUAAAUAUAUUUACAUUAUGCCAUUAUAUUUUUGGGUAUUUUAAGCUAAUCCCCUAUAUUCCUGAAUGUGUAGUGAGCGAGGAGAUAAGUCCAGAUUUUCUCUGCUAAAGAUGUAUGUGAAAACAUUAAAAUCGUUCAGUGAAUUGUUAUAUGUAGAGUAUGUUUGGAAAACUAGACUUUUAAUUUUGUCAGGUUGAAAACAAAUAGAUUCUUAUAUUUAAGAAUUCAGGUUCUUUCGGGUCAAGAAUUCAAUUUCUGUCAGAUUAAGAAUUCACUUUCUGUCAGGUAAAUAAUUCAAUUUUUAUCAGGUUUUGAAUUUAAAUUCUGUCCAGUUGAAAUCGUUCACUUGGACAAAAUUAUAUUAAUGAAAUGUGAAAUGCAUAUUAGAACAAGUUCAGUAAGUAAAUAUUGUAGAUCUGUGUCAUUCUUAUUUUCUAGAAAUUAAUUUUUUUUUUUGAAGAAAUUACAUUGAACAUUAUGAAUAUUGUUAUUAAAUGUUUGUCAUACACAUAUAAUAUAAUAUAAUAUAAUAUAAUAGAUAAAUUUAAGCCUAUCUUAUAUCCAUCUAAAAUUAUAUUUAGUUUAAUUUCCUUUAAAAUCGUUUUAUCUCAAUACCUUUAUAGCUCAGUUAAGUUAUAGUUUAUAAAUUUUAUACUAUAUAUUAUACAUUCUAUCUUUAAGUACAUAGCAACAAUAUCCAUUAUUGGCAUUUUAUUACAGUAAAGAACAUAAUAGAUACUAUUGUACUGACAAUACAUGGUUUUAGGGAUAAACUUGACAUAAAUAUACAAUAUAUUUAUAAGCGGCUUACUCAUCCAUAAAAUAUGGCAUAUGGCAUAAUAAAAUGCUUUGAAACUAU